AUGGGCGGUGCAAUGUCUCGAGAGUCCCGUCGUGGUGAUGGGACUCGUCGUAGAUCCACUCAUUUACAAGAUCAAUAUGAACAGACUCUUUAUGAACAGUGGUUCGACCGCGCGGUGCACAAAGCCUACUCAGAACCUCCACAAAUCUUCACGAGCUCCUCAAUCCUCGACACCCUCUACCACCGUAUCUACUGGUCGAUACGGGCGCUGCAAUUCAAGAUUUUCUACAAAAAUGAAGAUAUGGAUCUAGACGAAGUGGUUGACAAAUGGGAGCUCGGAGUUCAACCACCCUCGUUGGAGCAGCUGACAAUUAAGACACAGUUUAGUCCGAAGUGGAUUAAGUACAUGUAUGCAAAGUUUAAGAAUGAAUCCCCAACAGGAAAAAUGAAGGAAGAGGAGUUUCGAAAUCUACUAGCCUCUAUCAUCGCCCCAGAAAAAGCCACCGAUCAAUAUAUCUCUCGAUUAUUCUCAGCCUUUGCUGGAAAGGACAAAAAGACAAUCACUUUUGAGGACCUCAUUGACAGUCUCUCGCAUGUCCACCCUCAAACCGCUGAGACCAAUGCGAAAUGGACGAUGCGAUUGAUCACCGGUGGUGAGGGCGACUGUUUCGGGUACACCGCGUUCUUGGAUUUCACUCAAUCUGUAUUCCAAUUGAAUGAGGGAAAAGGAGGGAAUGAGGAGAUUAAUAAAGAGUCCGUGCAGCAGAGAGCAACCACGAUAUUUACAGAGUUGGAUGGGGAUCGGGAUGGGCUGGUGACCUAUGAGGAUAUGAUACGGUUCUUUCAGGUGAGGAGCGCUCUAGUAGAAUAA